AUGUCCUCACACCCGCCCGGUAACACUGCAGUGUCGCAUGAUGUCCCUACUGUCGUGAAACCCCACAUUUACCCAUUUCUCGACCUCCCAGCGGAGCUGCGCAACCAAAUCUACUCCUACGUCUUCGGCGACAGAUUGAUCGUCAUAUGCCCCGACCCCCUCAAGUCCAAUGGUGUGACCGGCGAGAUCUAUCCCGGCACUGGAAGCGACUGCGUCAAUGCAGAAAACGUCAGCCCUCGGCGCCCCUUCCACACCUUCGCACUCUUGAAGACUUGCCGCCAAAUCAACGCCGAAGCUAGCACGCUUCCCUUUGAGCUGAACACGUUUGUUCUGGGCUACGACGACGCACUGGAGAGAUGGACGAGGACUCAGGUUCUAGCUGCUCGUGCAUUGGCCGAGUUCGUUGAACCUGAAUCUGUGGAGGUACUUGCAAUGUCGAAAAUGCCUGGGGUACAAGAGCCCUUUGUCGUGUUGAUGAAGGAGAAGGUGACAAAGGUGGUGAAGGAUGCGAUGGGGCAGGAGGUGGAGGUCCUGAUUGCGCAGCGGUAA